UCCAGCAGCACAAGGCAACCUGCUCCUUCUCCUCCUCCUCUGCGUUCUGCAGCCGUCCUUCCACCGCCCAUCUCACCAUCCUCACCAUGGCCAGCACCGUUUCAGCUUACAAAGAGAAAAUGAAGGAACUUUCUCUGCUUUCGCUGAUCUGUUCCUGUUUCCACACCCAGCCGCAUCCAAAUACCAUCUACCAAUAUGGAGAUAUGGAGGUCAAGCAAUUGGACAAGCGGGCUUCUGGCCAAAGCUUCGAAGUGAUUUUGAAGUCCCCCUCUGACCUGUCUCCGGAGAGUCCUAUCCUCUCCUCUCCCCCCAAGAAGAGGGAUCUGUCCCUGGAGGAGCUGCAGAAGCGAUUGGAAGCCGCCGAAGAGAGAAGGAAGAACCAGGAAGCCCAAGUCCUGAAGCAGCUGGCAGAGAAGCGCGAACACGAGCGGGAAGUGUUACACAAGGCUCUGGAAGAGAACAACAACUUCAGCCGGCUGGCUGAGGAGAAGCUCAACUACAAGAUGGAGCUCAGCAAGGAGAUCCGCGAAGCUCACCUAGCUGCCUUGAGGGAGCGACUCCGCGAAAAGGAACUGCAUGCAGCCGAAGUACGCCGAAACAAGGAACAACGGGAAGAGAUUUCUGGAUAAAUGGCUUUUCUACACCGCUGGCACCUGCUUCCUAAUAACUAACCCACCAAUCCCAACUUCUUCUUUUUUUAAAAAAAAAAAAUAUUAUUUUUUUUUGCCUAGACAGGGCGACAUCCGUUUUCUCCAUUUUCUUUUCGUUUCUCCUCUCCCCUUUCCCUCUCCCCCCAUCUGCCCCACCCUCCGAUGUACGAGCUCCAUGUCUUUCUCCCUCUCUGUAUCUUUUAACGUGGAGGUUCAUAGAGACCUCCCAGCCGACUAGCCGUUAGUUGAACCUUGAAUAUAAGCAUCCAUCAAAUCAGCUUUUUUUCUUUUUCCUUUGGGCUGUUCGGGGAAACGAAACGCAAACCAUUUAACGCACAAGAACGAAAGGGAACGCUUUGCGAGGUGUUGCGAAAGGCUGCUUCUCUAUGAACCCCCAUCGGUCGGAUUAUUCGCCCCUGCUCCCAAUCCCUCCUUCCCCCCCCCGCCCCCAGCCAAGGAGACUGGUAAAAGAGGGCCCUUCCUCUGCCAAGACCUUUCUCUCACACACCCUAUGCUGAAGGAAGACAUCUUGAGUUAAGUGCACGCUGCAAUCGGGGGGGAAAAAGCAAUUUUCUAUUUGCAGACAUCCGAACCGCUAUAUGUGGUGGUUUCUUCCUUCUAAUUUCUUCCCGGAUGUUUGCCUGGGAGAGGGGUAAUAAUAAUAAUAAUAAUAAUAAAAAAUCUUACAAGGCCCCU